CUUGUUUACUUCCGUUUUUUGGGACAGCUGUGGUCCUGAGAAACAAACAGCAUAGACAUGUCUUCAUUUACAGAUAGCAACUUCGUAAAGAAAUUAAGCGAACUGAAUAACACACAGCAGAGUAUUCAGACGUUAUCAUUAUGGCUGAUUCAUCACAGAAAGCAUUCAAAAACCAUCACCCAAGUAUGGUUGAGAGAAUUGCAAAAAGUUCGUCCUUCCAUGAGACUGAUAUAUAUGUACCUUGCUAAUGAUGUUAUACAAAACAGUAAGAAGAAAGGACCUGAGUUCACCAGAGACUUUGCUACUGUAAUGACAGAUGCCUUUGCUUCGGCUACAAAAGAUGCUGAAGAAAAGACCAAGAAAUCAGUGGAUAGAAUAUUGAAUAUAUGGCAGGAACGAGGUGUCUAUAGUAAAAAUACAAUUGAUAAAAUCAAAAGUGGCACAGGAAACCAAAUUAUUCACAAAAGUGCCCUUCAAGACAUUACAGAGAGAAGGAAGAAAAAGAUUGAAGAAUAUAUACCUACCUAUAAAAAAGCUAUAUCAGAUAUAGCAGCUGAAAUAAACUUGAAGAGAGGAAGAGAUAAGAAAAAAGUAGAGGAAUAUGUACCUGUAAAUAAGGUUAAAGAUCAUCAGCCAGUUGAUGCAGCACCUCCUAAUAAGAAAAAGAAGAAAGAAGAAAUGUUGUCACUGAGGGAAGAAAUAGAGCUUAUGUCAAAAGAUGAUACAAGUGGCCCACCAGAUGCAGAAGAAUUAGUAAAACGUUUAUCAGACCUUGAACAUUCAGCAUCUAGUGAUGCUGCUGUCAGAGAGAAGAUUGCUGCUCUACCACCAGAAGUGUCUGAUGUUAACCACCUUGCCAAAAUUCAUGACAAAGAAUCUGGUGUGAAAUUGUCAAGAAAAGUAGAAGAUGCUUGUAUAUUGUUGUCUGAAUAUAACUUUCGAUUGAAUGCAGAGUUAGAAGAAAGAAAAAUGGUCGGGAAAAUGUUAAAAGAUUUCAUAGCUUGCCAAAAAGAACAAUUAAUGUCUGCAGAGAAAAAAAUAGAGGAGUACAAGAAACGACUUGAUAAAGUUACUGAAGUGCGAGUAGAAUUGGAAUCUCAUAUAAAAAAUUUACCAGAUUUUGAUCUUUUACCUCGUUUAACUGGUGGUCUUGCACCAUUGCCUUCAGCUGGUGAUCUCUUUAACAUGCAAGAUGGAAGACGUUGACACAGUAUUGGGUUUGGAUAAAAAUGGCUCAGUAUAUAAUGAAGGCAUUCCUGGUAGUACAGAUCAAGUGCUUUACACUAGUCAGUAAAUGUGCAGAUAUUGUUUUAUUCCAUCAUCCUCCUUCAUCCAUCACCAUGAUGUGUGCUCCUAUUUAUAUGUUUGAAAUGAAUGGCCAUCUUUGUGCUGGAACUAGUAGUGCUGUGUAAUAUUUAAAAAUAUUGUUUCCAAUAUUAUUUCUGUAAUCUUUAUAAAUUGUAUAAACCUUACUUGCUUAACAGGCCCAGAGGGCCAUGUCAAUUUUUGCAAUUAUUUGAAGUCAUCGGCGUUUUGCAUUUGCGCCGAUUUUUUCUUUCACUUGCGCUGAUUAUUUCUUUCAUUUGCGCCGAUUGUUUUACAGGUAAAUUACAGGUGAAAACUAUUUUUAUUUAUCAUUAAAUACCUCUUCCGCUAGCCAGUUAUGCAUAUGUUAUGAAUCAUCAAUUAAAACAUAUAACUGUUGCCCCCUGCCCACAAUGGGGAGGUGGAAGUAGGAUUUCGAGCAAAAAAAAAUCAAUUUUAAGGUUAAAAGCACUCUCUUUAUAUCCACUAAAAUAACUGAGUAUAGCAAUAAAAUAUCAAAUGAUAUAAAAAUCUAUUUACAGCCUUUAAAAUAUCAACAUGAUCAAAGGACAAUAAAACCUCUUUACGCCAUGAAAAAGCACAGCACUAAAAUACAAAAAGGAGCAAAUGGAACUUGAAACUAUUGAAUCGGCGCAAAUGAAACAACCAAAUCGGCGCAAAUGAAACAACCAAAUUGGCGCAAAUGAAAGAUUGAACAUUUAUAAAAUCGGCGCAAAUGUCAUACGCCCGAAGUCAUCUGUCAUCCAUUUUUUUGAAAAAGUGCUUUGAAAGGGCUGGACCAUUUUGGACCUAAUUGUGUGAAACUUGUGGCAUUUAUUUUUACAAAAACCUUUCCAAAGACACUGCUUCUUGUUAGUCAAAUGCUUAUGAUUGCCAUAUGAAAAAAUAUUUUCUCAUACAUUAUAAAAUGAAGUGUUAUUGAAAGUUAUUAAAUUACUUCAAUUAAUUUUUUGGGCAUUUUACUCUUGAGUUUGACAAGAUACCAAUGUGGUUCUCCUCAUUAGGUCUCACAAUCAGAAAGUUUGUGAACUCACUUGCAUUUUUUUUAAUUGAAAGUAAGAUUAACUGCUUUUUUCAAACUUUUGUGAAUUAUUCCGACGAUGUUUGACAUUAUAUUAUGUAAGUAGUACCUUGAAAUGACCUUAUAGGUAUUGCAUAAUAACUGCAUCCAACACUGAGUGAGUCAAUAGCAUGUAUGGAUGCAAGAUGGUGGAUACAUGCUCCUUUAGUUUCUAGUUUUCAGGGUUCAAAAUAUGUUUUUUUUUUAUGAUGAGGGUUCUUCAAGUAAAACUGUUUUAAUUUUGGUUUAAAUUUAAAUAUCUUUCUGUCAAUUGUAUAAAAGAAAAGGGUCAAAAUAUCUUAUUAUUGCAUAUAGCACAAGUACAGCAAUUAAAUUACUGUGGAUUCAUUUAUUUUCGUGGGUACCAAUAUUCGUGGAUUAAGGAAAACUUACAUGUUCAUAGAAAUUAAAUUUCUUGGUUUUACCAAAGUCUGCAUACAAGCCUAUAGAAAAUUUGUUAUUCGUUGAACAUUUAAUUCGUGGUUCACCUGUACCCACGAAAACCACGAAAAUUGGUAUCCAACGAAUAAUAAUGAAUCCACAGUAGUUGUAAUAAUAGUCAACUUUGUGAUUAAUCUUGUAUGUUGUGUAUUUGUUCAAAAAUACCAUUUUUAUUUGGACUUGUCCAUAUUAAGAAGUACUAUGAUUAAAGGGAAAAAUAUUAAUA